AUGAAAAUAGAUUGGAUUUAUUCAUUCAUUAUUGGAACUUCAUUCAUAUGUAAGGUGCAUGCUUCAUUACUUGUCAUUGCAACAAAUGAAACCUAUGCAGACCGCAUUGCAUCGUUUGGUCCCCGCUUAUCGGAAAAUGGAAAAUUUGGCUAUCUGAUUGAACCUCAGGCAGACCCUACAGGCUGUAGAAAAGUAGAUGCUCCAUGUGAUGAAUGGAUAGCUUUGGUUAAAAGAGGAGGUUGUUCAUUUAUUACUAAAGUAAGAAACAUGCAAGAAUCAGGUGCUAUUGCUGUGGCUGUAGGUGAUCCAGAUCACCAAUCAGGCUGGAUAACCAUGUAUGCACCAGGUGAUACUUCAGAUAUCAAAAUCCCAAGUAUCUUUUUAGCCAAACAUGAAUACAGAACUCUGCUUUAUUUGUCCAAGAUUGUAGAUACGCCCAUGAUGGUCAUUCUGAAACUAGAUCAUUUUAUCACUUGGCCAUUACUUGAUAUUUUAAUGAUUAUCUUCAUUUCUCCCAGUGUCAUGAUGAUUUUUAUUUAUGUGACAUGGCAAUUACGACAAAAACAAAGGAAAAAACAACUAGUGGCACCUGUGGAUCUUGUUUCCAAGUUGGAUAUUAAACAUUUUGCAUUAGAAAAGAGAAAAGAAAAUGAAGCAGAAGAAUGUGCUAUCUGCUUAGAGAGUUAUUUAAAUGGAGAGCAAUUAAGAGUAUUACCUUGUAAACACGAUUUUCAUACAGUCUGUGUGGAUGCUUGGUUAACCACACAAAAGAAAUUUUGUCCUAUUUGUAAACGCGAUAUUACUUUUGUUGUUUAA